UUAUAAGCAUAUUGUACUUGCUCUGAAAUUGCGAUAUGCAAACAUAUGCUGAUGAUAAUAUGAUACGUUACUGUUAGUUUGAGGGGCAAUUGCAUGAAACAAGGACUACGUAGAGCGUUAGACUGAAAAGAUGCAGAGAGGGAGAGGAUGCAGCUCCCACUGAAGAAGUUUUUCGUGCUUGCUGGUGAGCUCGCGUGUAGCAGAGCGCACGGAGAGCGCCCACGCAACACUUCCACGCGCCACAAAGCUUUGUAAAUGAACGCAUCCUCACGCAGGAGCCGCUUUAUCUUUAAUAGCAACUGAAAUGAAAACAGUUCUAUAUAAAAUAAAAUAGAAACUGAAAAGACGUCACGCUCAUAUGGACUAUAAUUUGAUGACAUUUGUGCACGAGCCGCCGAUUUCUGCUGACUGGAAGGGCAAAUAAAGAAGACACAGGAUGAUCUAUGCACUUCAUUAACUGUCAGCAUAGGAGUUAACAGAGACUGUGAUGUCCUCAACGCAAAAACCGCAGAUUCAAAUAAUAAGGAAUGUGACAGGGGCCUGACAAACUAUUCUUGAGUUGUAUUUGCCAUGGAAAUAUUCUACCACAAAUUUCAAGGCCAGCAGAUAUUUAAAGAUGAAACCUUGUGCACCUCUCACUUUAAAAAUUUUCUUUCUCCAUGCUCACAUUUCUUGAUUCUCUUUUGAGUGUUAUAUUUUCCCAUUUCAUCCUUGGAUAUGUUCCUGUGCAAGUGGUCUUUUCAUGACUAGACAGCUUUUUUUAAAGAUUCUCUUUUCUAUCACGUUUAUUAAGCCUCAAACUACAGGUUUCUCAAAGGAGGUAUAUAAAAAGGCGACAUUUCACCAAUUGCAUGUGUUUUGUUGAUGACCAAACUGCACUUGGACUCUGAGGAAGAUCUCAAAGCAUCGCCAAGCUUUUUAAAGCUUUUGGAGAGAUCAAAGUGAAUCAACAGGUCAUAAUUUAUCUCACUCUGAACCUCUUACUAUUGUAAUGUGUGCACUUUCCUUGUCAAAUUUUGAAUAAUAAUUCAGUUAUAGAACUUCAAUUAAAAUGUCCCUUUCUUUUGGAGAAAUGAGCUCUUGCUGUGAGGCUGGAAAAUAUGUUGAAAGCAGACUGGAGAUGGAAACAUGACUGUGGCAGAAUGUCACUUUUGACUGUUUGAAUUGUUUUGAUGUCUAAUAUGAAAUGGACUUGUUCUGUGUUCCAGAGUUAUAUUUGCUCAAUAUUGAAGACAAAGAGGUCAUAUUUGUUAGGAAAUGUUGACCAGUUUUCUUAUUAAUUGCAUGUCUCUCUUGUGUCUUUAAACAUCUCACAAUUUAAAUAGGGAAAUGUGAAGAGGUCCUAAAGGGAAAGCUUGGUCUGUAUAUGCAUGCUGUUAUUUUCAUUCAUUUCAUAAUUUAUUACACAAAUAUGUUUUAGACAAUUUAAUGCAUGUCAAACUGUUCUUUUCCGUUUCCCUCUAUAUGUUCUAAAGCUUAAGACUGAGGCUUGUUUAUGUUUUUCCUUCACGUUCUAUAAGUUCAUCCUUCUGCUCUGCCUGAGCUUUUGCCUUGUUUGUUUGUGCCUUUUAGUUGCUCACUUUCUUAUGAAUUUGCUAUACGUUAAGCAUAGACCUAAAGCAGCACCGUUUUCCUCUGUCUGGUCACUGCCCACCACCUAACCUAAGCAAAACUAUUGCUAAAACUGAAAAACUGCAUUGAAACUGGAUUCUUUAUUCACUGCAUGCAUCUAACAACUUUGAAACUUUGCGUUCAGUAAAAUCAUCCAGACAGUUACCUAUAGUGGACAUACCACUCAAGUAGUGACUCUUUGAUGAUGUCAGAGAUGAUUUCAAAUGCGAUUGUGUUCCGUCUCUGGGCAAUGAUUGGCUGCCGGGAUCUGAAUGACAAUAAGGACUCUUUCAGGCCAUAAGCCUCACUGUGGAAUACAAUUUACAACUCAUAUUUUGGAUAUAUAUUGCUGCAUCCAUAUUUUUAAUCCACUUUGACCCUGGAUUUAUCUGGCAAACUACUGAACGCUUAAUUUCUCCCAGACUUUUUGUAGUCGGCCUGUGGUUGCCAAUAAUGGGAGCUGCUCGGGUGAAGCGGCGUUUCAGUGCAGUUGUGGACACCCCUCCGGACAAGGAGGAAAUCAUGAGGCUGGCGCAGAGUGAUGAUGCCACUUCCUCCCAGUCAGGCACACUUCCUUCACCCAACUGCAAUGGCAAAGGGCUCAACCUUCACGAUAGCAAUGGAGGAAGGAGCGGAGAGAGGGAUGAGGAUGAUGAUGAUGCGGAGGAUGACGAUGAUGAAGAAGGGGGAGGGAGGAGGGGAGGAGGAGGAGGGUGUGGCUCGGCGCUUGGGGGGGAGUCUGGGGCAGAAGUGAGGUGGGAGAGGAGCAAGAGAAAGUCCUCGUCUUCCCUCUCGCCUUCAUUGCCCCACGAACGCCGCGGCCAGUCCCGCCGGCCCCGAAGGCGCUUUGUAGGCAAGGACGGGCGCUGCAACGUCACCUUCGUCAACAUGAGCGAAAGGGGCCAGCGCUACCUCACCGACCUCUUCACCACCUGCGUGGACAUCCGCUGGCGCUGGAUGCUCGUGGUGUUCACCCUCUCCUUCUUGCUCUCCUGGCUUCUCUUUGGUUUCAUGUUCUGGCUCAUCGCCGCCGCUCACGGGGAUCUGGCACCCCCGGCAUCAUCUUCCUCUUCUCCUUCAUCUGUUUCCUCCUCUCUGGCUCCUCUGGAACCAGUAGAGGAUUCCAGCCGGGUGGAGACGGUGGCAGAGACGGUGGCAGAGACGGAGGAACGCUGCUUUCAGCAGGUGAACAGUUUCAUGGCGGCGUUCCUCUUUUCUCUGGAGACGCAGACGUCUAUAGGAUAUGGCUUCCGGAGCGUUACCGAGGCCUGCCCCCUGGCGGUGCUGGCUGUCGUGUUGCAGUGCAUUGUGGGCUGCAUCAUCGACGCUUUCAUCAUCGGGGCAGUAAUGGCUAAGAUCGCCAAGCCCAAGAAGCGCAAUGAGACACUGGUGUUCUCGGAUGUGGCCGUGGUGGCCAUGAGGGACGGGAAACUCUGCAUGAUGUGGCGAGUGGGAAACUUGCGAAAGAGCCACCUGGUGGAGGCCCAUGUGCGAGCACAGCUACUGAAGCCACGGGUGACCCCUGAGGGUGAGUUCCUGUCAUUGGACAAUGCAGACCUAAACGUCGGCUUUGACACAGGAACAGAUCGCAUCUUUUUGGUGUCACCUGUGACAAUUGUGCACGAAAUUAAUGAGGAGAGCCCCUUCUUUGAAGCGGACAAACGUACACUAGAGGGAGACAAAGAGAUGGAGGUGGUGGUGAUUCUGGAGGGCAUGGUGGAGGCCACUGCCAUGACAACCCAACGCCGAUCUUCAUACCUGGCCUCUGAGAUCCUCUGGGGUCACCGCUUUGAACCUGUGCUCGUUGAAAGGAAGAACUGCUACCAGGUGGAUUACUCGUACUUCAACAGGACUUAUGAGGUCUCGGACACGCCCACCUGCAGUGCCAAAGAGUUAGACGAGAAAAAGUACAUCCUGGGCUCCCGUUCCUCCUUCUGUUACGAGAACGAGGUGGCUCUGCAGCUCUCCUCUGUCCCUCCCUGCCCUGACCAGUUCUCUCCAUCCCCCUGUUCUUCCCCCUCUCCCUCAGCCUCUUUUGUUCGGCCCACACCACCAUCUCGACAAGACUCCUGCAGUGAGCACCCACACCCACACAUACACUGAGCCAUGCGGCUGAGACGAAAGGGCACGGGGGAAAGCAGCGGUCAAAGAAAGAAAGGGAGAUAGAUAGAGAAAGAAAGGGAAAGGGUCAGGAUGGAGGGAGGAGUUGGAACCGGGGGUAGGGAGAGAGAGAGAGAACCAGCAAAUGGACAAAAGCUGGAAAGACAGACUUGGACAGGGGACCAAGGCAAAGAGGACCAUAAAGGCACAGUUUAGGACUGAUUAAUGACAAUAGGUCAUGCUUAAGAUGGGCUGAGAAAAGACAGAAUGCACAAAAGAUGGAGAAUAGAGAAGGGAAAGGGGCCUCUCACCGCCUGGGAGAAAAGAACGAAAGGGCAAUAUAGUGGGGUGAAUUCACUAAACGGUUGCGCCAGUGCAGUAUUUCUGCACGCAUCUUAUUUGCUAACCCAUUGGCUAAUUCCCUUGAUCUUUUGACAUAAUAUGAGAGGUCAUUGUACUAUAAAAACAUCCUGUACGUUUCAGAACUCAAAACUUUCUCAUUAGUCUAAAAACAGCUUACUAAAGCCAAAAUUAAAGCCAAACUGCCAAAAAUGACAGGUUGUGGAAUGUGCCACUUUAUGACGUAAUAGUGUGGCUAAACCCCGCCUCCGCAGAAGAUCAACGCCUGCUUCUACAUCACUGCCUGUUUAGCCCCGCCCACCAAUUCGCAUCUGUAGUGUACAUAAUGAGAGAGGCAAACGCAGGUCUACGCAGAAACCAAGCGAUAAAGAUGCUCCAAAGACAGCAAGACGCUGUGCAGAUCAGGAAGAACUUGAUCCUUUGUUCACAGAUUCAUAGCACAAUUCGACGCAGGAUUUUUAGAAAGAUAGAAACUAAAAGACGAUGCUGU